CAACGAUGGACCUCUCAAUGAUGACCGUCACAAUUCUCAUAGUGAGAACGGCAAGUCCAAACGAAAACUGUUCAGCAGUAAAAACCCGGAAUCCAAAGAUAAUUUGCUUGGGCCAUUUGAGAGCUCAAAGUCCAAGGACGAUCAAAAGACUCUGCCAGAACACACUGUACUCCCGACCCACCAAAUCCAUUGCCUCAGGCGCCUAUUGCUUACACGCCCUCUCGCCUUUGCGAUGGCUUCAUCCGUAAAACUCCAAAUUCAAUAGCUUGACGAACUCAGCAUGGUCCGGUCCUCCAAGUGCCUUUGUAAAACCGUCUGCCGGGUUCUCCUUUGACUUCACGUAUUUCAUCUUGAUGUGGCCUGCAGCCACCUCCUGUCUAACGUAGUGAAAAUCCUUGCGUAUGUGUCUUUUCUGCUUAUUCACAAAUAGUUAUUUAUACCGAAACGCUUUUAGCAUCGGCUUUCCACAAUUGGUUGCCGACAUUAUGGCCUGUAGCGAAUUCCCCGGCGCGUAUGGAACCUACAAGGCCAAUACUAACAUAUUCGUUACAUGGCUUAACCAAGCAGCCGAAGACUGUGGCUGGAAACCCAGUGCGCGAGGAGCCGAAAUAGCAGAGGAGUCUAGAAGAGCCAAUUCCCAGAGUCAAAUCGGCCACCACCCCUCCCCAGGUGAUUGCUACACCGUGAGAACGAGAGACAUCCUGAAUCAAAUAGACCUGGUCGCAGAGUCGAAGAGAGAUGUUAAAGUCAUGCCGGUGAACGUAUGUGAUGCCCUAAAAACUUCAAUCGAACUUCGGGAGCGAUUUGUUGCCUGGUAUGAAAGAUCAGACCCCAAGUCUGAAGAAUCAACGAGCCGGCAUCGUUACUUCGUACAAGUACUUCGAAGAGCUAUCAACAGGCUAUCAGCCUUAGGCGAGGAUACCGAGCAGGAAGCUGGCCAAUCGAACACGGACAUCACUGCGAUUAACGAGGAGGACUUCAAGAUUUCAAGCAACAUCUACGACGCGCUUCAGCUAGAAGACGUUACGGAAGGCGACACACCAGGCGAGGUGUCUUCGAAGUCAGCCCCACAGAUUUUCCAAGCCGAUCGUCACUCUCAGCUACAGAACGACUGCCGCAUGGAGAUGGCAUUCAUCGUCUUCUCCUUCUUUGAGGACCUCGCGAGGCUAAGGACCAAGCUGAUGGACAUAUGGAGUCGGGUUCGCCGAGGCGAGCUUCACUUAGUCCAGGCCACAGUUCAGACAGCCAUGUGCUUAGAGUUCGCCCGCCAGGGAGAGCGUAAGGCCUACGAGGCCUACACCUCGGUCAACCCAGCCACCGAGCAUACCUACAGAGAUCUCUGUACUGUGAUCUCUGCGAAAUUCAGCCCUGACCAAGACGAAGAAGAGCCUAAUACUCAAGCUUCGUCGAGUACCUCAGAAAAGUCGCCGAUUACCAGCGAGUUUAUCUUUCGACAAACCGGGGUCGUACUAAGUCGGCUAGGCAAAAUGCUGGAAAAGGGCACUGUGGCCGUGGAGGCGUGUUGUCCUGAUUGGGAAACGUUCUCCACCGACUCUAGCGUGGAGGAAUCCGAAAAGAAGGACACGUUCAUUAUUCACAUGUUCUUGGACAUGUUGACUGAGAGGCGGAUACGGAAUACGCUGUCGUGUGUGGUAGAUUACUCCCGAUACUCUCUGCGAGGGAUGGUGUUACCGUACGAGGAGCCACUUCUAGCUACACUACACCCGGUUUGGACGGAAGGCAAUAUCACCACGACAAUGGUUUUCGCUUUCCAGAUUAUGUGGGAUAUUCACACUAUCUGUGGCAAAGGGUUAUCAACUAUUGAUAUACUAAACUCCGCCGCACAGAAGUACGAAGACAGCUUCAAGUUCUCCAAUGUCGCUACCGGCCGGCUUACUCUAGAGGGCUUCAAUUCAGUGGGGAAGCCCGGUCUCGUUCUAAAGCUCCUCAGGUGUGUCCGAUACCACCUACGGAACUACUAUUUCCCACAUAUUAAAAGCUUCAUGUAUCUGAAUUCUAUCGGUGUACCGGAUGAAGUAGUAUGUGAAGUGGUGAAUCUACCUGUCAAGGCUCUUUGUUCUCCCAACCCCUUACCCCCUAUCAAACAGCCACCUCCACAUCCAAAACCGGACACAGACACCGAAGGGUUAAGUGGAGAUACAAAAGGAGAUGGUCAUACCCCAAUGAGCAUUGGUGAUGCCUUCCUAGUGAAGUUUAACCCCCUACACACAGGAACACUUCUCAUGGACGCAGCGUCAAUGGCAGAAGAAGUCGGUAUCACCUUGGCAAACUGCGAACCAACUAUUUUCAUGGUUGCGCAUAUCUACAAUGCCUUGAGGAAACUUGAAGUAUGCCAGAAAGAGUGGCCAGAAAUGGAGCGAAUUAUAAACCUCCAAAACGGACCAAUCUUCGCCAACAAUAUUCCCACGACCCCCAAGGAUAUGUGGGCGCGGUUUAAAUACCGAAUGGGUAUGUCAGACAAUCCCAAGAACCGACUACGGAUCAAGGAUAUGACCUGGCGCUUUACCGCUCAUCGAGCCACCCAACCGUUCCUCCAGUUCUUCACGGGCAAGGAAACCUUGCCGGGGCUCUUGGCCACUCUAGCAGCCCAAGCAGAAGAGGCGAUACCCAACGAGAAGAUUUCCCGCGGAUCGCCUCAAGGGAAGGGCAAGAGACACGGCCCGAAGCGGCAUACACCAGAGAAUACUCUGUCGAAGCUUGAGGAAUACACGGGAGCGGUCUUCGCAGCCAUCAAGACCGACUACGUCGGUAUGACCAGGAAGUGCACUCGACUCUUGCGACGGAUCAACGCCACGCUGUUGGCGGAGCUGAAGAAUCCCUACUUGGGUGUGACCUCCGUGAGCGAUGAGAUCGAGGAGCUGUUUCCCGUCGUCCUAGUGAUGCUGAAAGAAGCCAGGAUCCAUGAGGACGUCGCUGUUGCCCGGAACAAGGGCAAGAACGAGCCCGUCGACAUACCCAGUGUGAUGAAGGGCGCCGAAAGAUUGAACAUUGCAAAACGUUGUUUCGAGGAGGAGAUUUUUGCGAAUCUUUGAUCAGCUAAAGCUACUUGGAUAGGAGAGAGGAUAUGGUGUCAGGAUCAGGAGAUCUAGACAUGGGGGGGGCUUGGCUAAGCUGUGUGUUUUACGGGAAGAACGAUGUGAUGCUAUUUACGAAACGGAAUUUGCGCUAUGUGCCUGUGCUGCAUCUAUUGGAUGAGUUUUCAGACUCGUUCAACUGAGAUAUCGAGGAGGAUUUGGGUACCCCUAGUACUUUGGGUGUGCAGGUAGAUAGCACCUAAUACGAAUCGAAGCUAUUCACACCGAUAAUAA